UAUAAUAAAUUAGAAAAAAGCAUCUAAUGACGCACUAGGCUCAGUGAUAAUUGGAGAGCAUUGACAUUACCAACAAACGUUUUCAGGCUUGUCAUAAUAUGCGAACAUAACCUGAAACUGAUAGUCACUUGCGAACGUGAUGGAAGCUCGUCAGGAGUAUGUUUUUCCAUUAUGAAUAAUUGUGAGGUGUGACGGCGUGUUAUAUUUUGUAUAAAAGAAUAAAAAAUGAAGUAUUCCACUUCGCCACCGACGAGUCGGUGUCAUUCGCCCGUUCCGACAGAAUUCUCGUCGUCGCUACCGACGCCGAUCGUUUACAGGCAUAAUUGCAUGGGUGCUGCGACAAAAUGUUACAAAUAUCUAAGAAAACUACUUAAGUUCGAGCAAAUGGACUUUGAGUUCGCUGUUUGGCAGAUGAUCUUUCUGUUUGUGGCGCCGCAGAAAGUGUAUAGAAACUUUCAAAACAGAAAGCAGACAAAAUCACAAUUUGCAAGAGACGAUCCUGCGUUUUUAGUGCUGGUCACAUGCUGUCUCUGUGUAUCUACUAUUGGUUUUGCCAUAGUAUUGAGCCUAAGAUUCUUCCAAUUUGUCAAACUAUUAUUUUAUAUGGUUUUCAUCGAUUAUAUAGCUGCUGGAUUAUUAAUAGCAACAAUAUUUUGGUUCAUAACCAAUCGAUAUUUUAGGAUAGAUAGAACACAAGAUGUCGAAUGGGGUUAUGCAUUUGAUAUCCAUUUAAAUGCAGUAUUUCCUCCAUUAAUCAUACUUCACAUCUUACAAUUAUUUAUAUAUAAUGCUUUGAUAAACGACAAUACAUUUUCAGCGCGAUUUCUUGGUAAUACGUUUUGGUUUAUAGCAAUCAGUUAUUACAUUUACAUUACAUUUUUGGGUUAUGCAAAUAUUGAAAUACUCCAUAAAACGCAUCUGAUAUUGUCCACUCUACCCAUAAUGUUAUUGGUAUACAUUACUACGUUGUGCGCUGGUAUUAAUAUCAGUUAUUUAGUUAUGGAAUUCUACCAUUAUCGGGCUCUAUAAAAUAUACUAUAUCGUUAUCAAAUUUUUAUUAAAUCUAUUGUGUAUGGAAUAAUAACAUUGGAAUAACAACUUGGCUGUAUAAUAUAAAACUCAUCUAUUCUGGAGUAGGUGAGACUGAGCUA